UGUUUGUAAAGUGAGGUAAUAUCAGCAUAACCUGCCCAUUGGAAGAUAAUGUGGUAUAAAAUCAGGAUAGAGUCCGUGAGGUAUCUAAUCCGACACUCAUUUGCUCUGUGUUGAAACUCAGAGACCACAAGAUGGCUUUCUCUUGUCCAACUAUGAGAAUGGCUCAGACCUCCUUGAAAAUUAGGCUGCAGGGUUUGGAAUGCCACUUCACCUGGAAGCUGGACUACAGCAGAUCUAAACUUCAAAGCCUCAGAGAAACGAUGAUAGAUAUCAGCAACAGAGAGGGGGUUCAAUAUUCCUGGGAGGGUUAUCUGUACAACUUCCUGGCUUACCUACACCAGGCUCUGGGCUUCACAGAGGACGCUCUUCAUUGCCUGAAGAAGGCUGAAGAGGCCAUUCGCCAAAGCAGCCAAGAUGGCGUGGAGCUAAGUCUGGUGGUCCACUAUGGGAACCUGGCUUGGGUACACUAUCACCAAGGGGAGCUAACAGAGAGCCAGACCUAUGUGGAAAAGGUGGGGAGACUAUUGCGGGACAACCCCUCGCCCUGCCCAGGUGUAGUAUGGGGCGAAAGGGCCUGGACUUUGAAUAAGUUUGAUGUAAGCAAGAGGAAGGCAGCGGUAUAUUGCUUCCGGAUGGCCUUAAAAGAGGACCCUGAGAACAAGGUGCUGCGCUGUGGCUACGCCAUGGCAUUUAAUAAAUCUGUUGAUAGGAAAGACAUUACCCCAAAGCUGCGAUCUGAGAUGUUGGAGCACCUACGGAUUGCUAGAGAAUUGGAUCCAGAAGAUUUGUACAUCACAGUGAUGUACCUGCAGAGGCUUGCAGAGAGCGGCCAGGUUGAGGAAGCAUGUAAACUUGCAAAGGAAGUGAUAGAGAAGCCUUUGGACAGCUUUGGUGGAUUUGGAAUCUUGCUAGAUUUUUCAAAGAUUACAUCUCUCAUGAUUCAAGCAUUGACCUGGCAAGAAAGACCCUGGAGAGACACCCCAAUUCACGCCAGCUGA